AUGUCACCGCAUCAAGUCCAAGACCUCCUGACCGAGCCACGACGGGCUAGCUGGAAGGAGGCUUCCGUCUACCAGAUAUGGCCUGCCUCCUUCAAGGACUCAAUGGGGUCGGGGACGGGUGAUCUGAGGGGUGUCAUUUCUAAGGUCGACCACCUCAAGAAGCUGGGAGUCGAUGUCGUCUGGUUGUCACCCAUCUUCGAGAGCCCUCAAGUUGAUAUGGGGUACGACAUUAGUAACUACCGCGUGAUUGAUCCACGGUAUGGUUCUAUUGAGGACGUAUAUGUGUUGAGGGACAGGCUCCACGAACGAGGUAUGGAGCUCGUCAUGGAUCUCGUCAUGAAUCAUACCAGCGACCAGCAUGAAUGGUUCAAACAGUCGCGGAGUUCUCGCAAGAACAAAUAUCGCGAUUGGUACAUCUGGAAGCCUGCGCGGCUUGAUGCUCAGGGCAACCGACAACCACCUAAAAAUUGGCAGAGCCAUUUUCAAGGGAGUACGUGGGAAUGGGAUGAAUGCACGGGAGAGUACUAUCUCCACCUCUAUGGCAAGGAGCAGCCAGACCUGAAUUGGGAGAACCCUGCGGUUCGCCACGAGGUGCAUGAGACGAUGCGGUUCUGGCUCGACCGUGGCAUCGAUGGUUUUCGUUUCGACGUCAUAAACUUCCUCAGCAAGGGCACGGAGUUCCCAGACUCAUUCAGCGCCUUCUUCCCGGGAUCUGAGUUCUAUGCCGCUGGGCCUCGACUCCACGAGUACCUGCAGGAACUGGGAAGGAUUCUCCAAGAGUAUGAUGCUUUCAGCGUGGGCGAGAUGCCAUGCGUCCACGAUACGAAGGAGAUUAUCAAGAGUGUCCAGGCCACGGUUACCCGCCAAGAACCUAUGGGUCUAUAG